AUGACAAAGGAAUUGACUGAAGCAGAACAUGAAGAACAAAUAGCACAUUUUAAACUGAAAAAAAUAAUAAAACAAUUAUCUCAAGCAAGAGGAAAUGGUACAUCAAUGAUUUCGUUGAUUAUCAGACCUAAGGAUGAUAUUAGUCGUAUCAAUAGGUUGUUAACGGAUGAAUAUGGUACAGCUUCAAAUAUAAAAAGUAGAGUUAAUAGAUUGUCUGUUCUUUCAGCAAUCACAUCAACUCAACAAAAGCUAAAAACUUUUUCUCGAACUCCUCCUAAUGGGUUAGUUAUAUUUUGUGGAACAGUUUUAACAGACGAUGGAAAAGAAAAAAAAAUCAAUAUAGGCUUUGAACCUUAUAAACCGAUAAAUGCGUCAUUGUAUUUGUGUGAUAAUAAAUUUCAUGUAGAACCUUUAAACGAAUUACUUGAUAGCAAUGAUAAAAUUGGCUUUAUUGUUAUGGAUGGUAAUGGUUCUCUUUUCGGCCAACUUCAAGGAAGCCGGAGUGAAGUUUUAUACAAGUUCACUAUCGAUUUACCAAAAAAACAUGGUCGUGGAGGGCAAUCAGCAGUUAGAUUCGCUCGACUUAGAGUAGAAAAACGCCAUAAUUAUGUUAGACGAGUAGCUGAAGUCGCUACAAAAUUAUUCAUCACGAACGACAAACCCAAUGUAGUCGGGCUAGUAUUGGCCGGAUCUGCAGAUUUUAAAUCGGAACUAGCGCAAAGUGAUAUGUUUGAUUCACGGUUGAGUUCAAAAAUUCUUAAAAUAGUCGAUAUCUCAUACGGCGGCUUAAAUGGUUUUUAUCAGGCAAUUGAAUUAUCUAGAGACUGUUUAUCAAAUUUAAAAAUAUUGCAUGAAAAAGCAUUGAUAAAAUCGUUUUUUGAAGAAAUUGCAACUGAUUCAGGAAAAUUUGUUUAUGGAUCAAAUGAAACGCUCAAGUUACUUGAUGUUGGCUGCAUUGAAACUCUUAUUCUUUGGGAAAAUUUAGAGGUUCAAAGAUUGACUUUAAAAGAUAAUAAUCAGCAAACUAUUUUUUAUCAAUUCGUCGCUCACUCUAACAAUGUUUCAACGUAUACAGAUCCUGAAACUAACCAAGAUUAUGAAGUAGUUGAACAGGAAUCUUUUGUAGAAUGGAUAGUAGAAAAUUACAAAGAUUAUGGUUUAAUUGUAGAAAUAAUCACUGAUUCUAGUCAAGAAGGACAGCAAUUUGUUAAAGGUUUUGGCGGUAUUGGCGCUAUUUUACGAUACAAAGUUGAUUUAGAACCAACAAAUGACUUUGUUAAUGAUUAUGAUUAUGAGGAUGAGUUUUUGUAA